AAUCUCAUUUCCCUACUUGCAAGCAGUCGAAACGUUUCGUAAAAUUUCAUUAAAAAUUAUUCUUCCGAUAGGAAGAGAAAAUCACUUUCAAUUUUAAUCUUGGUAAUUUAAUCACUUGUUAGAUAUUAAACAACCUGUGGCACUAAAAUUACUGCUGAGUAUUCGGACUUUGAGUUAUCAUUAGCCAUGAAGGUGAAGGUGUCGGGGGAAUAUACUCUCGCUGAGAUCGAGGUGGAUGUGGACACGGAGCUAAGUCCCGAAGACUUGCAAUCCGGAGCCACAGUGCUCGCAACCAGCGAGGGUGAGGGCGUCUUGGAGCAGAUUGUCAGCCAUGAGGGACUGUCCAGGUUCUUUACUGUGACGCCGGCCGCCACCAUUCCAAUGCCCACAGAUGUGGUGGUGGAACGCACCCUGGCAGAUCCGGCGCUCAAGCAGAUCCUUCAGCAGGCUGAUGGCAAAAAAGGCUUUGAUCCCCAGGCUGAGCAACUAAAGAUUCGCGAUUUUCUCGCUGGAGUGACUACAACAAAGAUGACCACCGAGCAGUCGGUCUUUCAAGCGCCGCGUUUUAAUUCAACGGGGGUACCCAGCAUUCGUGUUAAAUGCCCCCAAUGUCUGGUUCAGUACGAUGCAACUGCCUUUCAGAGCCACUCCUGUGAGGCCGAGGUGGAUCGGAAGUCCGUUGAAGUCGUGGUUUCGCAGCAGGAGAAGCCCCUGCCCAUUCCUGCUCUGUGCGCCCCGCCUGCUCCGCCCAGCAAACCGAGCAGCGAGCGGGUGAUCCUGGAGAAUCAGCUGCGCCUGCGUCGAUACAUGAAGGACGAGAUGAAGUAUGAUUUGACCACUGGUGUUGAUUGUUCGCGGGUCCGCAAGUCCAUCAAAGGACCCAACGAGUGCACCAUGUGCGAUCGCAAGUUUGUUCAUGCCUCGGGACUGGUGCGCCACAUGGAGAAGCACGCUUUGGACUUGAUUCCCUCGCAGACGAGCCUGCAACCACAUUCAGUUCCUGCUGCCGGCCUUCAUGUUGUGGUGAAGUGCAAUGCCUGUGGCCGUGUUUUCUACGAUCCGGAGGUGGCCUUCAAGCACGGAUUCAUUCACUUCCCGGAGCAGCCACGAUUGCUUGAUUCUUUGGAGAAUCUGGAGAUUAAAUCAAGCUCCCCCAAGGAUUUAAAGGAGCUGUUGGAAAAGAGUGAGAAGUUGCUGGCUAAAGAAGUUUUCCUAACUGGCCCCCAGAUUAGAGCCAAGCGCCUGGAGAAGGAACUAUUCACCAGUUUAAUUCUGGGCAGUGUGCUGCAGUGUGAAUUUUGCGAGUAUGUUUUUGCUGACAUCGCCGAACUGCUUGUCCACUCGGCUUCCCAUGUGGCGGAGCGGCGUUUCGAGUGCACCGCCUGCGACAUGCAGAUGAACACAGCCAAGGAGGCCAGUAUUCACUUUCAGACGGACUGCAUCUUUAUGCUGGAGGCGACCAGGUCGCUGAACGUGACGCUGAGUCGCCACUUUGUGUGCAAUGUGUGCGAACUGAAGUUCGCCAAUACGGACCUGCUGCAGGAGCAUCGAUACACCUCGUAUCACUACUUCCCACGUCUCAGCGAGAAUGGUAAAAAGCUGUUGCUGCCCUGUGAGUUUUGCGAGGUGAAUUUCGAGUUCGCCCACGAGAUCCUGCCACACAACGAGGAGAAGCACUUGAACAAGAAGAAACGGGAGAAGGAGACUCGCAAUACGGGUACAGGUCGCCUUCGCCAGUACCUUUGCGACAUCUGCGGCAAGUCGUACACCCAAUCGAGCCACUUGUGGCAGCACCUCCGCUUCCACCAGGGUGUCAAGCCGUUUGUCUGCCAGGAGGAGAAUUGCGACCGGAAGUUCACCAUUCGUCCGGAUCUCAACGACCACAUUCGCAAGUGCCACACGGGGGAGAGACCCUACCUUUGCCUGGUAUGUGGAAAGCGAUUCCUGACUGGCUCCGUGUUUUAUCAGCACCGGCUCAUCCAUCGCGGUGAGCGGCGCUAUGAGUGCGAAGAAUGUGGCAAGCGAUUCUACCGAGCGGAUGCUCUAAAGAACCACCAGCGCAUCCACACUGGCGAGAAGCCCUAUAGCUGCCUCUACUGCACCAAGACGUUCCGCCAACGUGGCGACCGGGAUAAGCACAUUCGGGCGCGACAUGCUCACCUGGAUGCCAACUCGCGGUUGAUGAUGCAGAUGCAGAAGUUUCAGCUUGAGUCGGCGGCCGCUGCUGCACUGAAGGCCAAGCACCAACCAGAAGAGCAGGGAGUUGAGGGUGGUGAUGGCAGCCACCCGGAGGUGGCUUCCGGCUCGCGACCAAAAUUGGAAGAUCCGGCGAUCCAAUAUCCUGGCUUGCCAAGGCAGCAGGAGGGUGUAAUGUGUUUGCCAGUGAACGAGGUGGACAACAGCUACCUAAUGUCUGAGUUUGUGCCCAUGGGGGCGGAUGGCUCGGAGCAGCAGAUAAUUGUGUUCGACGAAAACACAGCCCAGGACAUGGAUAUGAUCAGCUUGUUUGAUCAUCAGGCGCCCCUGCAAGCGGGCAGCCUGCCACUGUUGGAAACUAUUGCAAAUGACAGGGUGAUGGUGGUGAAAAACAAUCCCUCACAACCGCUAUUUUAAGAUAGUUGUUUGUAGCUUUCGAAUUCGAAUUUAAAUAAAGCGCUAAAAGAAUA